GAUGAUGAAGACUCUGGCACAUGAAGAGGAGUUACAACAUUUCUUCUCAAAAAUACAUGGUUCCUUUUGUGAACCCUGUGUGUGUGUGUGUGUGUGUGUGUGUGUGUGUGUGUGUGUGUGUGUGUGUGUGUGUGUGUGUGUGUGUGUGUGUGUGAAAGUGCUCUGCGAUAGACUGGUCUCCUGUUCAGCCCUGUGCCCCUCAGGGCCGCUGCUCUACGCUUCAGCUGAUGAGGUUUCCAGGCUCCUCAUUUAGGAUCUGCUUUAAUCACCGUGUCUGAAGUUCCAGUUCCUCCCAAAGUCCAGGAGAACUUUCAGGACAAUGCAGGCUGUAGGGAACUUGUUUCUGUCAGUGAGCCUGAGACCCAUCAGAAGGCUCCAGCAUCACAGGAAAAUAGGGAAUGUGGUUCCAGGACCCAGAGUCUCCAGGAGCUCUGUAUGGGCCAGACACGGUGUGGUGCAUCGACACUGUGAGCAGUGAAGUACGAGAACUGUACGCCUAUGAAAACCUGGAGCAGCUCGCCCGUGGUUACCCCACCAAGGUCCUGCUUUUACCAGAGUCGACGGGGAGCCCCGGGGCCACCGUGUACCACAGAUCGCUUUACUACCGACGCAGACAGAGCUGCGUUAUGAUCUUGCCACCGAGAACAUCGUGGCCUGGAUUCCCAGGACACCCAGGAUUGCACAGCCAGUAUCCUUAUUCAUGGGGUGGCUACACCGACAUCGACCUGGCUGUGGACGAGAAGGGACUGUGGGCCAUUUACUGCACAGAAAAGGCUCGUGGAGCCGUCAUUAUCUCACAGCUGGAUCCUGAACACCUGAGAGUGAUCAGAAGCUGGGAGACCAACAUCCAGAAGAACAAAGUGGCGAACGCUUUCAUGGUGUGUGGCAGACUGUACACUGUACAACCCAACUUUUAUAACAUCGUGUAAAUUAGCGCCAUCUUCUGGCAAAUAGAUUCAACUGCAAAUACAGUGAUAACAUAAGUGCUUCCAAAACGUCUUCUGGUGGAGGAAUAGCUGCUUUAUUCAAAGAUGCCUUUCAAUGCAAGCAAGUGUUACUUGGUGAUUACCAGUCUUUUGAAUAUUUGUGUAUUGCUCUAAAAGGUACACCACGCAUUCUGUUAACAAUUAAUUAUAGGCCUCCCAAAUACAACCAAACAUUUGUUGAUGAAUUCACAGAACUUUUAUCACCAAUCUCCUCUGAAUUUGAUUAUUUUGUUAUUGCUGGAGAUUUCAACAUUCAUAUAGACAAUGCAGAAAACAAU